AUGGAUAUACAACCUGCGACAGGCAGCGGGAGCCGGAUGCAAGGUAAUUGCUAUGCUUCUCGAGGGACGAUACCUCCUAAACCCAAAGUUCAGUUAUUUAUGCUUCAAACCCGCUUUUCCACGUUCUACGACAGCUACCAGUGGACUCUGAAAUUUAUGUACGGAUGGAUCGCACCAACACAUCAUGAGGAAUAUAGCCUCUAUUCCAACGGGAUGUCGGAUUUAUUUGGCUCUUUCGAAACUUUCUGGGUGAUACCUGUGAAGCCCAUUUGGAUAGUCCAGAAACUUCGAAGUAGAGGAGGCAAUUCGAAGGACUUCCUACCUAAUCAGCAAAUGCAACAGGGAUCUUAUACUACCUCGGGAAGAACUGUGAGCCAUGUAUCGAUGCCCCUUGCUCGGUUGAGAGACUUAGGAAACGGCUUUAAAAAGAUCCGAUUGUAUUUGUUUCAACGGUACAAACUGAGGUGGCAAUGUGCAUUCCAGGGGAUUCAGAUGAAUGAGCAAUUCCCGCUAAAUACUGGGAUCUCAAAACCCUUGAACAAAACAAACCUCCAGGUGCGCUUGAGCAAGUAUGAGGCUGAGGAUUUGCCGCAGGAAGAGCUGAGUCCCAAAUUGGUUCCGGCAGGGGAAAUCUCCGCUAAUCCUGGUAAACGGAAGCGAAUGCUGGCCAAAGUUCAUGUUCCUGGACUGAAUGUUCGUGACAGAGGCUGGAGUAGCCACGAAUCAUAG